UCUUUUUGUUACUAUAAGUACAAAAAAUUUGUAGUAUAGUAAUAGAUAAAAAUCGUGAUGACCAUUAAACGUAAUUUUAUUACGUUGGUCUUGUGUUUCAUUGUUUAUCAAGCAGAAGCUGGUGAUAAGGAAAUAUGGCCGAUACCAACUGAGUGUCCUAAAAUCGACCCAUUGGAGUAUACUGUUCAUCUUCAACACGAAUCAGAUUGUACGAAAUUUUAUAAAUGUGAUCAUGGUGGAAAAGUUCUCUUUGAUUGUCCUGAUGGGUUACAUUUCAAUCCGGUUUUGCAAGUGUGUGAUUGGCCAUGGAGUGCUAAUUGUACAUUAAAUGAUAAAACCACUUCACCGAAACCAACUCUGAAACCGGAACCAACUCCACCAGCAGAUAGAGAUCCGGAAUGUCCAUGGCCUGAUCCCUUGGAUCACACUGUUCAUCUACCACACGAAAAAGAUUGUACAAAAUUCUACAAAUGUGACCAUGGAAAAAAAGUUGAAUUUGAUUGUCCAAAUGGGUUACAUUUCAACAAGAAAUUGGAAGUUUGUGAUUGGCCACACGUUGCUGGUUGUGAGGACAAUAAACCUUCUCCUACUCCAAAACCAACGACUUCAGAAACUCCAAAACCUGAAACUCCAAAACCAACUCCACCAGAAAACAGGGAUCCAGAAUGCCCAUGGCCUGAUCCUCUAGACCAUACAGUCCAUCUACCACACGAGAAAGAUUGCACNAAAUUCUACAAAUGUGACCAUGGAAAAAAAGUUGAAUUUGAUUGUCCAGCUGGGCUUCACUUCAACAAAGUAUUACAAGUCUGUGAUUGGCCUGGAAAUGCUGGAUGUGAAAAUGUAAAUCCUAAUCCAACUACAAAAUCAACUCAAGAACCAACAUCUUCAGAAACUCCAAAACCAACUCCACCAGAAGACAGAGAUCCAGAAUGCCCAUGGCCAGAUCCUCUCAACUACACAGUUCAUUUACCACAUGAAACCGACUGUACGAAAUUCUACAAAUGCGAUCAUGGCAAAAAAGUCGAAUUCGAUUGCCCCAACGAUCUCCAUUUCAACCCAGAUUUAGAAGUAUGUGAUUGGCCAGAAAACGCCGGAUGUGAAGACCCAAACCCCGGUCCCUGUCCUUCAGAAGAUACCGACGAACCUCAACCAGAACCAGAACCAACUUCUCCCUCAGAUCUUGACCCAGAAUGCCCAUGGCCCGACCCUCUUAACUACACCGUCCAUCUCCCACACGAGACCGACUGUACGAAAUUCUAUAAAUGUGACAAUGGUAAAAAAGUCGAAUUUGAUUGCCCAAACGAUCUCCACUUCAAUCCAAAAUUGGAAGUGUGUGAUUGGCCUGAAGAUGCCGGCUGUGAAAAUCAAUCAAUUCAAUGCCCGGAUACGCAAUGUCAAGACACGACACUCUAUUUACCGGUUUUGGGUAAUCAGAGAAAAUAUAUCCGAUGUGUAGGAGGCGUCGAAGUGAUCAAUACUUGUCCAGGAGGUUUAGUCUUCGACAAAAAUUUGGCCACGUGCAAUUUGGAACACUUGGUUGUGCCAAAUUAAUCAUUAUUUAUUUCCUUUUAUAGUAUGUAAUUAUAAUUAAAUAAAAAAUAAAAUUAAAAA